UUUGCAAUACUCAGGUGUUUAUUGUCACUUUCACAUUACUUUUAGCUGUAAGUGCUCUUUGUGUCAGAAAUCCAUACUGCAGAAAGAUGGUAUUUGACUAAACGUUUUAAUAUUUUAAGUCUUGCCUAUAAUCUCUGCUGUAGAAUCACAAAGUUAGUGCAUAGUCUUGGUUUCUGUGUUGCUGACAUGGAAGAAUAACCAGUACAUUUCUCCACUUCCUCAAACAGCUUUAUUCUGCCUAAGGGUGUUUUGUGUUUAUUUCUUUGGAAUCUCAUUUUUCAUGAGUUAUACUCUCCAUCACUAAAACCUGGUGUGAUUUAUUACUUUUGAAAUUACAGAGGCAGUUAACGGACCUUAUCUUAGAGUAUGUUGGACACAAACACUUUAUAUUCAUUCUUAGUACUUCUACAUACAUUUAAAUUCUUAAUACCCCAUACCUUACACUUGGGGUGGUGCAAUCUAAAGCAAGUUAUGCAUGCCUAAGGCAUGGAAUCAGUUCUUAGCUGUGCUUGGGUAACACUGAUUUCACAGAGAAUUAGGUAUGCUUCACUUUUCUCUGGAUUGCACCUAUGGCCCGUUCCCCCCCCUUCAUGUAAUAUAAGCCAAGCACCGUUGCUAGAGAAUAUCAAGAAAGCACACAGCAUGCACGCAACAAUUAUGCGUAGGGAGAGUAAGGAGAGGAGGAACCGCUGAUUCAAAUUCUGAUGCCACCGCUAAAUGGCUUGUUAUAAUGGAUCCAGGAUACUUUGGGCCUUUGGUAUCUUGGUAAAAUAGUCUCUGACAAACAUCCUAAAAGUGCUGCCAGGAAUCUUUUUGUAUUGUGCCAUUUGUUUCACCAGGGAGUUUUUGAAGUAGCAAGAAAAAGAAAAAAGAAAGAAAGCAUCUAAUUUUAUAUUGACAUCACUGUGUUUAACUGAACAUACAGGGAGGAGUAUUAUGAGUAUUCCGCCAUUGCAAGCAUUUUUGCUUGAAAGAUGGAAUGAUUCCCCACUUUCCUCCUGACCCCACAUCCCAAGUGGAAUCAGGGAAUGCAUGUGGAAGGGGAGAAAGCCCCAUUGUGCUAGUAGGAGCCUGUACACAGGCUUUCACUAGCUCACUGGAUUUACUGAAUUUGGCCCACAGUUACAGCUAAGCAUCAAUUUGCCGCCCUGGGCUCCUUCAGGGGGAAAGAGCCAGGAUAUAAACUAAACAAAUAUAUAUAUAUAUAUAUAUAUAUAUAUAUAUAUAUAUAUAUAUAUGAAUGAAAAGAGAGCCUAGAGAGUGUUCUAAAUAAUUUUUGUAUAUAAUUACUGUAUUGAUUCUCAACUUCGUAGUAGCACCUAAGACACAUACCUUAUCCAGAGAAGGAGAUCUAGCACAACUGUCUGGUCCCACAGUAUUAGUUGAUAAAUGACAUAAUUGCAACUUCUGUCACUGAUGUUUUGGUCUGUGUUGAUGGUUCUGAGCCAGUUGUGAAUGGGAUAAGAAGAUCUUCCUCAUCCAAUAAAAUGCUCAAAGUGCAGAUAUGCUGGUCAAUCCAUUCUAGCCACAUUACUGGUUUGUGUUAAAUGCACAUUAAUAAAUUGCCCCAGUAGAGAGAUCACACACAAGUAAAUGGGUCAAACGUUCACCUUUGUGUAAUUAUUCAUCAUCCAUGGUCAGUUGUGAGUACAGUAGGUGACACCCUACUUACUAUUGUCAGAGGCUGAUAAGUAGUUGUAACUAUGCCUUCUCAAAUCUGAUAAGGCAACUUUUCCUGUCCGUAAGUCAGCUCAGCUGCUGAUCAGUUGACAAAAACACCUUUUAAAUAAUAAACAUUCUAAAACUAAUGCUUAUUUGGCUACCAGGAGUGGUGGAGAGGGACUCGCAAACAACUUCUGAGUAACAUUGUGAAGUAGAUUUGUUGCUACGCCUAACACAGGAUUGCUUUGAGGGAAGAACAACUUUAUAUAAAAGCGAACACUUCCUUACUAUGUUCAAAACUGAAGUGCAAUAUUUGUGGAUUCCCCCCCACCAAAAAUCUGUAUUCAAAAUGCCUAGUGGCCAAUAAAUGCCUGCACUUAAUUGUGGAGAAAAGAUAUAUGAUGUUCUCAAGCAUUAUCUUCAAAUCUUGGAAAUUAAUUUUUCAUCUUCUGGAGUUGCAAUUACACAAUAUUACUGACGGGGUUUUUUGUGGGGGGGAGGUUAUAUCCUACAUGCUUUUAUUUUAUCUGAUUUAUGUGCUGCUUUUACUUUGUUACCUAAACUGAGUCCUAGAGAUGGACUAGAAUGCUAUAUGUUAAACAGCACAAUGCCAAAUCUUGGAAGAGAUGCUAUAGAGCAUUUACCAUAACAUAGAGAGAUGAAUGAGGUGUCAAAUUAGAAACCAGAAUAGCGGCUUUACUAGUUCACCAAAAAUAAAAUAUUUAUAGAAACUGAAACAGUUAAAAAGAAAUAAGGUAUGUCUAUAAGUGUGCAUCUUUUCAACUGCUCUUGCUGUCGGCUGUAAGCACUCUUGUUUCUUCAUUGAAAUGAACCCCAUUCUUCUCCCUGGCAGCUAUUGGCUGAAUUGUAAUGUCAUGAAAUGCUUCUAAACUUUCUAAUGCAAAGAUGGUAAAUCUAUGUCCCUCCAUCUGCCCCAACCAAUGUGGCCAACGGUCAAAGGUUCCCCAUCCCUGUUCUACUGAUAAGAAAUUAAACUGUCAGUAUAUGAAAAGUUACAGUUUUGGAGCACUUAAUAUAACAUCUCACUGAUGAAAUUGGGUGCAGUUCUCAUCUCAAGCCACGUGUACUCACUUUGGAUGUGUUUUUCCACAACUCCAGAUGAUAGAUGCUUGGUUGCUGAAUGCAAGAUCUCUAUCUGGUGUGUAAUCUGUCAUUUAAAGCUGGACUAGAGGUACCCAGCAAGUCUUCACUGUUUGCAUUUUAAAGGGGGAAAAAUAUGUUCGGAUUAUUGAUUUUUUUCUACGCUAAUAAAUCCAUUGUUGAAAUCCCAAAUAGCAUUUUCUAUGCGCACAAGAAUUGCAUGUGGCACACCUUGUAUUGUGGUGUGGAAACCUGGCAGUUGUAUUUCUUGUUUCCUAGUAGUACUAAUUGAAACAAAGCCUCCAGAUUCCUGUGUUUUGGAUGUGCAGGAGUUGAUUGGGUAGGCCGUGUAUGCCUGUCAUUAGCAAAUUGUUUGGGACUCAUUUUCUUAACUUCUAGGUGAUGAAAGGGCUUUUCUUUCCCUAGCAAACACCUUGCCCUUCAGCAUAUUAUUAUUUCCCCUCAAGUAGACAACAUUUGGCAGAUAACAAGAUACAAAUCUUAUUCUUUCAAGCAAGCAAUCAGCUCUUAUUGACACUGAGCUAGGCAAGUCAGACGACCUUGCAGUGUGGGCUGAUCAAUCAUACAUUCCUAUACAAUCAGCAGAGCACACAAUAUUUAUAUUUUGUAACCACUGACCUGUAUAUAGUUGCAUGUCAUAAAAGUCUCUUCCCUCAGAAUAGUAACAAAAACAUAAUGCCAGUAUUUUAGUAGGCAAAUAAGCAAAUUGGGAGAGACUGGACUGGAAUGAAUUUGUACAUACUGAAUUUGCCACGCAGAGGUAGCAUGGUUUGGAGCAGGCAUAGGCAAACUCGGCCCUCCAGAUGUUUUGGGACUACAACUCCCAUGAUCCCUAGCUAAUAGGAUCAGUGGUCAGGGAUGAUGGGAAUUGUAAUCCCAAAACAUCUGGAGGGUUGAGUUUGCCUAUGCCUGGCUUGGAGGAUCAGAAGCAACCCAUGUGCUUCCAAGCACCUUCAUUCCUCUAAAAUACAGCUCACCUCUCUAUUGCCUUUUUAGCGUUAAACAUAGGUUGCCAUGACAUCUAAAUAGUCAAGCCGUGUUCAGCCAUAAAUGAAGGUCUUGUUUUUGCUCGGUUUUUGUUUCUGUUCUGUUCUGUUCGUUUGUAUUUUGUGUGGUCCCCUACUCAGGUCUAAGGAGGGGUUAACAUGCAGGCGAAAGUGAUGGUUAGUUGAUGAAGGACCCUGUGUGAGAGGCAGGGAAGGGAAGAUCUCCUAGGGUGGGAGGGUGGGAGAAGAAAGAGAGGUGAGAGCUGGAAGGGAUCUCUUUCCUCUGUGUGGGACAACUUAAGAUUUACCUGUGAAAGAGGAUUUCAUAUGCUUUCUCUUCUCUCUCUCUCUCUCUCUUUCCUUCUUCUCUUUGUAUUUGUUUAGCUUAGUUUUUUUUUAUUAUUAUAAUGUAUUAUGAAAAGUCGUAAUAAAAUCUUACUCAAAAGACGAAGAACGACAAACCGAGUUCCACUUACAGAACUGGGCUUUUCCAGUUCCUCCUUCACUCUGUGUUCGCUAAAACAUGCUCCUGAGAAUUGGAAUCAUCCAGACAUCCGAUGAUACAGUGUGCCGCUUCAGGGGAGAAAUCAACUGUGGGAAACAUCUCUUGCAUAAACUUUAAAUGCAUUACAUAGGAACUACAGGCAGUGUUCACCUAACUAGCUGCUCCUUUUCCUUACCAGGGAAGAGUUGUUCGUUCUUUCUCUUCUUGAUGAGUUGAGGGACAUAAUUUCAGUAGUUCUGUAACCUCAUGCAAGAUGAAUCCGUUAUGAUUAUUAUUUUAUACGCCCAAUUAUUUUGAAGGUAGCAAGUUCAACACAACCCAGAGUCUCUUGCUAAUAAAAUAUUCGGAAUCAGAAAUGCCUCAUAGUUUCUGAGCCACUCUAUAUGUAUUCUGUAUUUCAGUUAUGGUGGCAAGUUACUGUUAAUCUCACACACUUUAGAAUGUAAAUACAACAUUGUAGAAUAAACCAUCCUAGCUUGUCUCGAUAUGUAUAAUGUAGACUUCAUUUUGCUUGAAGUUUAAGGUGCCCAGUACAUUGGGAUCUGGUUGGAUUUUACUUGUUAACUGUAACAAUGCAAUCCUACAGCUGCCCACUCAGAAGUAAAAUAGAGUAAAGUAGGUUAAAUGGAAGGGACGCGGGUGGCGCUGUGGGUUAAACCACAGAGCCUAGGACUUGCCAAUCAGAAGGUCAGCCGUUCAAAUCCCCACGACAGGGUGAGCUCCCAUUGCUCAGUCCCUGCUCCUGCCAACCUAGCAGUUCGAAAGCACGUCAAAGUGCAAGUAGAUAAAUAGGUACCGCUCUGGUGGGAAGGUAAAAGGCGUUUCCGUGCGCUGCUCUGGUUCGCCAGAAGCGGCUUAGUCAUGCUGGCCACAUGACUGUACGCCGGCUCCCUCGGCCAAUAAAGCGAGAAGAGCGCCGCAACCCCAGAGUCAUUCACGACUGGACCUAAUGGUCAGGAGUCCCUUUACCUUUACUAGGUUAAAUGGAGCUUUCUCUCAAGUCAGUGGGAAUAGGAUUGCAGCUGAAGUUUCACCACACAAAUGGUCUGGUCUGCUGUCUGUCUGCUGCCUUUCAAAGUACUGCUUUUGUUUUAUAAACGUGUCAGUGACUUUGCCCCUUCCUACUAGGGAUACUUAUUCCUCUCUUAUGUUCUGUCGUGAUAACUUAAGGUCCACGAACUAAGCUGAAAAAUGAGAGAGAGAGAGAGAGAGAGAUGUUGCUUCUCAUACUGUUGUCUUUUAUGCUAUGGAGUAUUUGGUUUUUAUUUCUUUUAAAUGUGCUGUGUUUUAACUUGCUGUUACCACAACUAUAUGGUAAAGUUUGCAAGUUGAACCUAAUGGUUCUAGCCAUAAAAAUAAUACUUGAUGGAUCUUUUCCCCCUCCACAGGCGUUCUCUGGAACUUGUCUUCAUGCGAUGCAGUAAAGAUGACAAUCAUUCGAGAUGCGCUUUCAACGCUAACAAACACUGUGAUAGUUCCUCAUUCUGGUUGGAAUAAUUCUUCCUUUGAUGAUGAUCAUAAAAUUAAAUUCCAGACUUCUCUAGUUCUACGCAAUACAACAGGAUGCCUGAGGUAAAUUGCUGUGUUUGUAGUAGUAAUCUUAAAACAGCAAUUUCUUAUGCGGCCUUUGUAAACUAAUCAUUUCUUCCAUCCAAGCUAAUAUGCUUUGCUUUUGCAUAAUGAAAAGAAGCAGACAUGCAGAUUUAUAUCCAAGGGCAUGUUGUUUUAUGAUUGUGUGCUCUCUGUGUUUGUAUUAAAUGCUAAUUAUAGGGUUAAGUUGCGAGUUGCUUUGAUGCCAAGUCAUUUCUAGCAAUUUAAUCUUUAAGUUAUUAACUGGUCACUACUGUGGUUCAGGCCAUUCUAUUAGUGUAAGCUUGAAAGAAUUAUUGCAGACUACACACAUCGAAAUCAUCUAAUGAUAAUUGCUGGUAUUGAAGGAGCUACCAAAGGCCCAAUUGGGUUGCUUCCCUUUUUCUUUAAUCAGCAGAAUCUUCCUCCUGUGCCCUAUCCUGAGAUGCUUUUUAUAAGUCCCAUCAGUUUCAGGUGUAAUUUGUCACAUGGUGUUAAGGGCUGCUUCUUCAAGAAGCACAAUUCUAAAGCCCUCUUAGGCACCAGAACUAGUUGAUUGGUUCUUUGAUUUUGGCCACUCUGAUUGAAGUCCAAAUGAAGUUCAACAAAUGACCAGAGCAACUCACUUAAAAACAAAAGACCAAGCUGAAACAGCCCCUUCCAUUUCGCUGCUCAAUCUUGGGAGAUUUCUCGUAAGUUUGUUGAGGAAGGGGGAGCGUUCAAGGGUUGUGACACACAUCUGCCCUAUUGGUAUAGCUCUUUUCAGUGGUCAUUUCCCCUCAUGAGAUGUCCUAGAGAGGGCACUGCUCCAGUGAGUGCUGGCCUCCAUUCUUUCCCCAAGAGUGUCUUACGGUAAUGUAACAUUGGGGCAUUCUGGAGGAGAAAUUUGUGGCUGCCAGGUAAGAGGAGCUCCACUGCUUUAAAAAAACCCACAAAAAACCCCAGUAUCCUCCUCUCACAAUUAAGAGUUCCACUACAACCUUCCAUCUAAUCCCCUCCAAACAUUUGUGCCUUUUUCCAUUAAACCAUGGCUAAGGAAGCUUAACAGUGAUGUUGUAAUUGACAAUUUGCCAACAAACCAGUAUCUCAAAUCAUGAUUUGGAGCAACCAUAAUUGGUGUGAUCACAAAACCAUGGUUAUUGCUCUGUCCCCAGAAGCCACUGUUUCAAGAGAUUAGAGUGCUGAGCAGACAUAAAAAUGAAAGCAGAGAAGCAGCUUUAAACUAGGGUUUGCCUCUAAUUUUGGAAGGUAAUACCAUGGUUUGGUUCUAAACAAUGAUUAGCACAAACUUUGAUUUGGUGUGGUGUCUAAAUUGAAUCAUAUAUUUAUUGAAAUGAUCCUUGAAAUUAGUUUUUAAAGUAGCUCAUGAUUUCAAAAGGGCUCUGUCUUGGUUCAGUUCUGCUUUUGGUGAGACUUGGCUUGCAGGCAUUCAAGGUUAGGGUCAGCAGUAAGGAACUCAGCAAAGCAGUAUGAUCCAUGAAUGACCAAUAUAGCCAGCUGAUGAAGUCAUCGGCUCAGUAAGGGAAAUGUCAAAAAGGAUAUUGUGGCCAGGAUGCAAGCCAGGAUCAUCCUUAGCCGUGUAAACCAUGAAGCCUUGUUUAUCAAGUCGUAGUAGAAUCAGUGGCUAGAAAGGAACGCAGAGCAUCACCAGAUCAUGUCACAUUUCUGACAACAUCUGGAGCUGCAGGGUGCAUAUAUUAAGUUAUGUAAUAGGACAAUUGUUGAAAAUGGGGAUGAACUGGACCAGCGUUUGAUGGAUUGCACCUUUUAAUGGAUACAUUUAGAUCUUUUUCAUUCUUUAUGCAGAGGCAAACCUGGAUUUGUCACCAAGUUUACUCAGGAGCCCAUCAUGGCUCUGUGAGAAAUGCAUCUGUAUAAUGUACAUGCUGGCAAACGUGCAUUACUCACAUUCACAUCUUAUUUAAGUGUCCAUUUAUAACAUGUCAGCUAAAAAUGUAGUGACCUUUUAAACCACAAUAUGCAACCAGGAAUAUGUUGGUUGGCAAGUGUGAAGAAUAAGCAGACUAGUCAGGGAUUGCAAGGACAGAAGGCAGGAUUUGAAUUAAAAAUGGCCAUGUUAGAUUAGGUCUGAAAACAAGAUAGAUUCGUAAAGAUGUGGAGGUAGAUCCAGAACAGCCUUCCCCAGCCUGGUGCCCUCCACAACAUUCGGACGGCAGUCUUAUCAUCAGUCGCAGCAAGUCUGUGGGAGUUGUAUUCCAGAUCAUCUGGUGGUCACCAAAUGGGGGAGGCAAACCUAGAUUAUGAUAAAUCACUUCACCAGAAAGCGAGAUAAAUUGAAGAGCAGCCAAGAGCUCAUAAAAGCACCGUUUAAUUAAAAAAAUAGCCCUUGGUUUUAGAAAUACAAAAUAUACAUUCUAUUGUGUAUACAUUGGAUUGUUUCAUACGGUGAUGUCUCUUUCGUGCAAGGACAUCUGCAUAACUAACAGGACCACUGCAUAACAGGACCAUAUAAUCCAAUGCCUUUCCAGAUGCUCCUCCUUCAACAACUACUUGCUGCUACUCCAACAACUUUAACUUGCAUCCUAGUCUGUGCUGCUUCACCAUGCUUCCCACUGUAUUUCUUCACAAACCCCAUUGCCUUGUCUAAGAUAUUCACACAGUCUGUGAGCCAAUAAACAUCACCCAAAGAAUAGUCUAGUUUUGCAUACAUUUUAAAAACAUAGACAACAAAAGGGGUGUGUUUUGAUUUAUUUAUUUUCAGGUGGUGGAAUCGGGGAGAACGUGCUCAAAGUUAGUGUUUUAGCUUCCUUGGCCUUGGGAGGAUUGUAAAGAUACAAUAAUCUUUUUGGCAGCAACCAUUCAGUGUGGCCUGGACCCAUCCCAGAUUAGACCACACUAUGCAGACAUUGCCAAAUGGAUUGGCGUUAAGCAGCAACAAGUAGUUUUUUUGCAGGCUUUAGUGCAGCAGGUGGAUCAUUUAUUGCCAACCACAUAUCUGGGUAAGAAAUUUUGCUGAGCAAUAAGGAUUGACUGAGAACUGAUAUAGGCAGUGCUCCCCCCUCCUUUUUUUUCCUUUAACCCAGGGCUAUUUUUUAGUCACUGAGUGGUCUGGGGAAAUGAAUCAUUGAGGACCCUACUCAGAGUUCUGUGUUUAGCCCUAACAAGUACACAAAAAGGUAUAUAUUUAAUCUGCAGAGAAAACUGGCCACAUUUUUUAAAGCAAGCAGUAGGUUAUAGAUAGUAUUAGAGUGGGGAAAACAGAUUUCUCUAUCAUAAUCCUGAUAUCUUUUGGAUCCUCUCUCUCAACAAUCUAUUCUUUAUAGCAACGAAUAUACAGUAACGAGGGGCAUUCUGGUCCAACACUGUUUUAAUAGCCGCCCUGUUAACUGAAAAUGUCAUUAUAAAACACACGCGCACAGUAUUAUCUGGAAUACACUGAGUUGAACUCUGACAUGUGUUCGCACUUCAUCAGCAAAUGAUAUCAUCGUCAUAUCUAAGCAGCUUUCCGUAUGCAGACAAUUGGCUGCAUGUCUCUGAUAAUAAGAGUACUAAAAUACAUAGUGUUUAUUAAUAUGCAUCACCAUUCUGAUUCUGGUUUUUAUGCCUUAGGAAUCUAAGCUCUGCAGGAGAAGAGGCACGGAAACAAAUGAGAUCUUGUGAAGGGCUGGUUGAUUCAUUGUUAUAUGUGAUCCAUACAUGUGUGAAUACUUCAGAUUAUGACAGCAAGGUGUGUAGAUCUUUUGACAACAUUUUCUUUGUUAUCAGGAGAGUUGUCUGGUUUGGGCUGUAAUUUGUUUAUACCAUUGCAGUCACAGAGUUGUUACGCUUUUGCGCCACAGAAUGUUGAAGCAUGCAAAUUAAUGCUGCCUGUCUAAGCAGAACCUGGAACUGUGAAAUGAUGAAAACAAGGAUGGGUUUUAUCUUCCGGAUCUUUCUAGUUUCUUCCCCCUCCCUUGUAGUAUUUCUGAAGGUUCAGUGUUUAAAUUGUUGCUCUCUUACUCAAUCUUGGGUGGACACAAUUCUCGUUGACUUGGAGAGGUUGACUGUGACAAAGUUUGAUAACCUUUACACUGGACUAACAUAUAGAGGGAUUACUAAAAGACUCAUCAUGGUUAAAAUUUAGCUGAUCCCUAUUUCCCCUGAUAUCCCUUCAAAAGUUUAAUUCAUCCUUUAAAUGCAUAUUCCCAAAUCACUUCUGCACUAUGUAUUUCACUACAGAAUCUCUCCUGUGUUUGACUUACAGACAGUGGAAAACUGUGUGUGCACACUAAGAAACCUUUCCUACCGUCUUGAGCUUGAAGUGCCUCAGGCCCGCCUUCUGGGUAUAAAUGAGUUGGAUGACUUUUUGGGGAAGGAAUCGCCUAGCAAAGAUUCAGAGCCAAGCUGCUGGGGGAAAAAGAAGAAGAAGAAGAAGAAAACUUCGCAGGAGGACCAGGUUGGUUCCUCCUCAUUCCCCAUGGCUUAUGAACCAAUAUGUUAGAGGAUACCACGUAACAGGAUGUUUUAAACAAUCCUGUUUGGAUUUGGCUUAAAAGACAGAGCUCACAUAUAAUAAGUGCAUUAUCUUUCACAGUGGGAUGGAGUUGGCCCAAUACCAGGAUUGUCAAAGUCUCCUAAAGGUGUGGAAAUGCUGUGGCAUCCUUCUGUAGUGAAACCGUAUCUAACUCUUCUAGCUGAAAGCUCCAACCCUGCUACUUUGGAAGGUUCUGCAGGAUCUCUCCAGAAUCUUUCUGCGGGCAACUGGAAGGUAUUGUAUGAAACUUGAAGCUGUUGCUACUUCACCCUUGCAGUGUUUUUUGCAACAACACUGAUGCUCUAGUGGAGAGCCAGUGGCAACAUCCAACAUUUUGCAGGCCGUUUUAUCCAGGAAAUGUACUUCAGGUUACAGGAUCUCAUAUGAACUAUAUGUAAAGUUGACCAAUUAAAAAAAAAAAAAGUAAGAUGGUAUUCAACCAUAGUUUAGACGUAUUGAAAUUAUUGGACAAAAGUUGGCCAUGUUCAUUCAUUUCAGCAGUGGUACUUUGAGUAAAACUUAGUGGAAUACUGCCCAUAAUUCAUGCAUAUGGACAAGUGGAUAUACUCUGCCCAUCAAACAGAAGAUAAAGUGCAUUUGGUCCUGACUCAUUACAUGAACUGACAUCUCAACAAUACCUUAGAAUUAUGUGGCACAAUUAUUCUUUUAUGUAUGGAGUCUAGGAACAAUGUGCCCAGGCCAUCCUUGCUAAUAGUGGCAUGUGCAAGGGAGGUGGAACAUAACUCUUCAUGGUAUUCUACCUGAUGCAGCUGUACAAAUAUAUUUUCCCAUUCUAUUUGAAGAGGAAGACUGCAUUCGGACACAAUGUUAAGUCCUGUUUCAGUGUUAUACAAGAACGAGCCGUCUCAAGCCAGCGAGCUCCAUUGUUCUUUGUCCACCUCUGGCACAGAAGCCAGUUUCACAGACUAUAAGGUUUGAAGCCGGUCUGCUUCAACAAACUACACUUGAGGCUACUAAUCACAAUUUGUCCAGGAUUAGCUAUCAUGACAAGCUAAUCUGAAAUGUUAGCAUGAUGCUAACAUUACUUUGUGUUGUUUGCUGUAAUGUUAGCCCCUCUGUGCUAAUAGGGCAAGACAUAAAGAAGAGUAAAAUAAGAAAUAAAAUGGAAGGAAAAGCUUCCAUACUGCACAAGGGUGAGAGGGCAGACAAUCACACUGUAUUUUUUUAUUGAAGAAGAAUAUUUUUUUCUACCUUGAAUGUGGAAUAAAAAUUUCCAGGAAAAAUGUAGGGGAAAGUUAAGAACGUUAAGGGUGGGAAUCAAUUAAAUAGUCUUGCUAACUGAGGGACUUCUGCUAGUGCAGUGGGGCUCCUCCCCCCAUCUCCCCAAUUGGCGGGGCGUCAUGAAAACCCUCAUAACAGCAUGUGGGGAGAGGAGACGGAGGGUUUUUCCAUCUGGCAAACAGAAAAGCUUGUACUAACAUAAUGAUUGUCAUAGCCCUACAUUGAAUUCCUCCCUUGCUAUUGUAUGAAGUAAUGGCAUUUUUAAUAUUUAACUUGAGCUCUGCUCCCCCAGUUCGUACAUCUAUUCACCUUACAGCCACAGUAGCACAAAGUGGACUGCUUUUGGGGAAGAACAUUACCAACAUGCUACUGUUAAAAGCACUGAGGGUUUCUUACCAGUGCAUAACUGGGGUGGGGUAAGGAGCAAAAUUCUUAGCCUCACUUUUUUAAAGAAAAGAUAUUGUUCAGUACAAAAUCUCCAAAUAUUCCGAAUCCAGCAUUUUCUGCAAGCCGUGCAAAGAAAGGUCAUAGCUUAAUUAAAUUAACUGAAGCACAGAUAGGUUUAUCAGCAAAUAGGAGAUUAAUUGCUGUUCACAAAUAGGUUUUAUUGCUAUACACUCCUGCUUACUAUAUGCAGAGCUGGUAUACUGUAAAAGCACCACCCUGCAUACCUUAAAUCGCUUUUCUUUAUUCACCAAAGGGAUAAUAAUAAUAAAAAACCUCAAAUUUCCUAGAGUGACAUACUGCCUUAGAACUUCCAGCAGGUGAUUUCCUUUUAAAGGAACCAAAAAUUUUGUCGUUCCCCACCAUAAAAUGUUACUGCAUAUUUAAUAGCUAUUAAAGCAGUUAUAAUACCAUUUAACAUAUUUAGUCGAAUUCAUCUCUUUCUGUGGCCCAUAAUGAAAACUCUUCAAAUGUGAGGUUGAUGCCAAACCCGCACUUAAGUUAAUGCGAGUAGGGUACAUAGCUCCAUUUUGUGGUUUGGACAACACCCACUAAUUUGUAUUAAAAUUCGUACAUGGUGAAAGAAAAGGUUGGCUAUAUUGGUUUUUUAAAAUAAAAAAAAUGUACAUGUUUUUAAGUAAUUUUGCAUUUCUGUUGGUAGUUUGCGGCCUAUAUUCGAGCUGCUGUCAGAAAAGAGAAAGGGCUUCCGAUUCUCGUGGAACUGCUGAGAAUGGACAAUGACAGAGUUGUUUCUUCUGUGGCAACAGCUUUGAGAAAUAUGGCAUUAGAUGUCCGCAACAAGGAGCUUAUUGGUAAGUAAUGAGGGACACCUAACUAUGCAGGAUGUCCAUAUGAGAAACACUGUAUAUUUUAAAAAAUUAGUUUUGGAGUUUCCUGUAGCCAUAUCCAGCCCUGCAGCUCAGCCAUCACAGGGGAUCUCAGUGAGCGAAAGACCUCUAGUCAGGGGUGCGUGGAGGCAGGGGGUGGAAGUAGAAGUCCCAUUGCACCAGCGUAACACCACUGGUAAUGCCCUGGAAACAACCCUCUGUCUCAAUAGCAAGCAGUCGCUGGAAAAUGGAACUGUAUCGGACAGGAAGUUAUAUCUGCAAAGCUUGAUUGAAAAUGAAAUUCUUCAUUUUUGGUGUAAAGUCAUAACCUUCUCAAGAUUCAUUAUGCUGGUGAUGAGUUCUGACAGCCUCCAAACAUAUUCUUCCCUUGGAGAUCAAGAGUGUUUUCAAAUUUGUUUUUAGAACCUUUUCCCCUCCUGCAAUAAUGUAUGUUUCUGUCAAAAUGUUGAUAUGGAUAGGUAGGUGUUUAUAUAGAUGACAUGGCCAAUUUCCUGCAAAUGAUUAAUUCGGCAGCCCUCUUUCCUCCAUCUGGGUUUUCUGUUGUAAAAGUCAGAGUAAUAUUGAUGGGUAUAGCCUAGACCAUUGGUUCUAAAACUCUGUGCAAAGGCACCGGGGAAAGAGCUGCAAUAGUCACUCACCCUGUUUGAGCACCUUGUGGUAAACUGUUACCAGAACUGUUAUCUGAAAGCAGUUCUCAAGCAUUAAAAGUAUAAGGCUUCAGCGUUUCUGAUAUUCACUUUCAUGGGUCAACACAGCAGUAUAAUAUGCCAACAAAACAAAAAGUUGUAAGAGGCAUUCAUCAUACCACUUAAGGAUUCAAAGCAAUGAUUAUUUGGGGUUUAUGUAUAAACCCAGACCCACUUAAUCAAAAUUCUCUGUGAGUGUUUUUUAAAGUAUUUUUAAAAUUCCAUCAGGAGUCCAUCUACAUUAUGUGUGAUUCAGUCCUCUGUUCAACCAGGACUACACUGCAGUAAAAGAAAGAAAAAUUGGCUUGAUUAACAUCUAGGUGAAUUUUGCAUACUCACAAACCAGCUACAGAAUUCUCUGCAAUCUCCAGGGGUUCCUUAGCAGACAAAUGAAAGGGGAAAUGGUUCCCUGAAGAUGCGUUUGUGUUUCCUGUGUUUUAUCAUCUGGCCUCAGCUACAUAUCUAUUUCUAAGAGUCUAGAGAGGUGUUGAAGUUAUUGAGAUUAUUUUAAUCUAACAAAAUCAGUGUGUUCAGAGAUCUAUGUCUCAGAAGCCAAUGGUCCAAAACCAAAGUUAUUACACAACGUUUUGCAAAGCGGAGUUGCAAUCCAUGUCACAAACUAGGAGAGAAAUGAAUAUUCCUGAUUGCAGAAGUGAAUGGGCCAUUUCCUUGCUUAUGCACCGUUCCACUUGUAUUUACACAAAAUGUUUUUAAAUUGUACACUGCUACAAGUAUGCAAUGGAGUAGCGUUUCUUCUUUGGUUAUGAAUCAGAAUUUGUCUGCAUGUGCUCAGCUAGAGCAAAGAAUUAAUGCCUUCCUCAUAUUACUUAACCUGCUAGCUAUCAUUUAUAUACAGAUACACUUCCAGUUUUUGUGUUACAGGGCCACUAAAUUAUCAUCACAGCCCACAGGGCAUUUAGUGUACCUUAGCUUUAGGAUACUGUUUCUUUGUUUUACUGUGCAGUUUGUUAAAUUUCACUGAACACCAAUCCCACAAUCUUGGGAACUGAUUUUUCUCUCCUAUAACAAUUAUACUUCAUAUGCAUAUUUUCUGCUUCUGUACAUACUAGAUACUGGCCACAUUCUCAUACAAUGCUAAACCAUGAUUUAGCUCUACCUAAAUGGCUCUGCUUAGUUCAACAAGACAACUUCAUGACCCACCAGUUUGAAGCCGGCUGGUAAUUAAAGCUACCACAGUCAGGCUUUUAACACAGCAAGGUAGAAUUCUCUGAAAGUAAAAAAUUGACUCUGCUGGUUCUUCUUCCAACCCCAUGGGAGGAAAAGGAAAGAAGCAUUUAUGCCCAACUCUUCAUUUGUGCUCAUUCAUGUAGCCCUAAAUUAUGGCUUAGCAUCUUACUCAAAUACAGCAUCUAACUUCUCACAUUCCAUUGGUUCAAAGUUCUGAAAGAAAGAAAGAAAGAAAGAAAGAAAGAAAGAGGGGGAUCUGUGUGCCUUGGUGAAAUAUUUAUUGUGUUUUUAUAAACCACAGAUUGCUAGAAACCAGAGCAAUUAAUUUGAUUGUGUUCUGUCUCUCUCUCUCUCUCUCUCUCUCUCUCUCUCUCUCUCUUACUAUAAAAUGGCUCAGCUAAAACAAGCUUAUCUAAAAUAAAUACAUAGAUUUGUGUAUGUCUGUGUACUUUGGCAUGUUGCCACAAUCAUUUUAAUCACUUUUUGUUCUAAUCCAGCAAAAGAAGGCAAUAUAUUUUUAAUUUGAAAAAUGACACUGCAGUACCUUGCUGCCACUCUGCAUAGCAAAGGGAUUUCUUUUUUUUUAUGAAGUUGUAUUAAAUAAUAAUAAUAAUCCUCCCCACACACCCAGAGUGCUUCUGGAUUUGUAAGUCUCCUUGUUGUGUUUCUACGCAGUGUGUUUUUCUAUGUGAUGCUAAAAAUACCUUAGAACAGUGCAAAGUUCCUGUAUGGGCUUCUUUUCCUCCCCAGGUAAAUACGCUAUGCGAGACCUGGUAAAUCGCCUUCCCGGAGGCAAUGGGCCAAACAUUCUCUCUGAUGAAACUGUGGCAGCAAUCUGCUGUGCUUUGCAUGAGGUCACCAGCAAAAACAUGGAGAAUGCCAAAGCCCUGGCUGACACAGGAGGAAUAGAAAAACUGGUGAACAUAACAAAAGGAAGAGGUGACAGGCAAGUAGAACAUUAGAAAGUCUCAAGUGAAAAAUAUUUUGAUAAGAGGAACUUAAGAAAAUUUGUGGUCUACACAAAGAGUAUUUAUUUAUGCAUUCUUGUCUUACUUAAUAAGCUGACCAGCCUCAUAGAGUUGCAAUCUGUUCAGCACGGGAGGAGAGACCUUGGCAUUUAUUCCGUGUGAUUUUUCUAAAAUCCACGCUGUGCCUGCCAGUUUCCUUAUUAUGUAUAAUUUGUGUGUGUGUGUGUGCAAAUUUCUGCAAACUAUUCCUAGACCAAAAUCUUGGUGAAUUUAGAGGAAAUGUCAUAAAACUAAGGUGUCCUUAUAGAUUAGAUCAGGCUUAGGCAAACUCCGGCCCUCCAGAUGUUUGGUACUGCAAUUCCCACCAUCCCUGACCACUGGUCCUGUUAGCUGGGGAUGAUGGGAAUUGUAGUCUCAAACAUCUGGAGGGCCGGAGUUUGCCUAUGCCUGGAUUAGAUCUACCUACACAGAUGCUGCUGGACUAAAUAGACCUUUGGCCUGAUCUAUCAGUUUUUUAAAAAUGUUAUUAACAAUUACAAGAAUAAGGAAAACAGCAGAUAAAUUAAUGGUGCCAUGUCCAAGCUCCAAGGCAUUUAGGUAAAACCAAACAAAAUGAAAUGAAUAGGUCUUUACAAAGGGAAAAUAUUACAUCAAGGGAAGAAAUUUCACAGUUUAAGGUGGUCACUACCCCCCUCCCCCCAAAAAAGCCCUGUGCCUCAUAUAUAACAAUCUAAUCUCAAGUUUAUCAGGAUUGACUCUGCUUUUCAACAUUUUAAUGUUCAGCGGGCUCAUAGAAAAGGAAGUGCUUCCCUUAAGAUUCUUAGAAUGUAGUGAGUGCCUUGAAUUUGGGCACAUAUACAAACUGGUAAAACUAUAGAGGUUUUAAAGCAGGUAUAAAAUGUAAUCAGAAGUGUACUUCUGCUAACAAAUGUUCACUCACACUUUGCACCAUUUUACAUUUCCGAGCCAGCUUUCAAGGGCAGCUCCACAGUAAAGAGCAUUUCAGUAAUCUAAUAUAGAAAAAUACCCAAAGUAUGAAUGUCUUUUAGCAGCAGGCCCAUUUCACAUGGCUAUCUGUUGUUAAAAAGCAUUCCAGGCCACAGCCGCUGCUUCCUCAACAUCCAGGAAUGGUGCUGAGUUCACGGGUACUCCCAGACUGUGAACCUAAUCCUUAGGGAGGAAUGCAAAGCCAGCCCCCUCCAAACGCUUAUUUUCAUCCAUCUGGGCAACUAAAUGAGCCACCAUCAUCACAUAUCUCUUUGCCUGCAAUGAAUUUGCUAAUUCGUCCUAAUCCAGUACAUCACUGAUUUUGAGCACUCAUUCAGAGAGAUCACCAUCACACCUGGAUCCAAGAAAAAGAACAAACAAAACUGGGUGUCAUCAAUAUAUCAGUGACACCAGGCUCCAAAUACCCAGAAUGCUUCACCCAGUAAUUUAAUGUAAAUGUUAAAUAGCAUGGUAAAUAAUACUCAAAGCUGUGGAACCCUACAAAAUAAUUCUCAUGAGAAGAAGCAAUUCUAUUUGUGUAGUAUGUGCAUGUCUAGUAAUAUUGUACACUAAAUGUAAACUUUUUUACUUCUCAGGUCAUCACUGAAGGUUGUCAAGGCAGCAGCCCAGGUGCUGAACACAUUAUGGCAAUAUCGUGAUCUCCGCAGCAUUUACAAGAAGGUAACACAUAAAAGCUGUUCAUACAAAAAUUAGUAUUCAUCAAGAUGCAAUUCCACAAUGAAAUCUAAACUAGUUCUUCUAAUGAAAUGUCAUUCAUUUUUCAUAUGACCUCCUUUUUCUUGUUCCACAGGAUGGUUGGAAUCAAAAUCAUUUUAUUACCCCAGUGUCAACACUUGAGCGUGACAGAUUCAAGUCACAUCCCUCCUUGUCUACAACAAAUCAACAAAUGUCGCCUAUCAUUCAGUCCGGUCAGUUAAUAAACCUUUCCCUUUGUAUGUGGCCAGAUUAGAUGUUAAUUUCCCCGAUCAGCUCUUGUUCACUCCUUUUAAAAACCUUUGGAGGCUCAUUCUCAGUUUUUUACUUCAAGCAUAUUCUUCUCAUAUAUAGUUGAAGCCAUCAGACUGGUUUUUGGUAUGACAGAGUUCAACGAACAGUCUAUACAUUUUUAACCAGAUAUUCCACCCUCCACAGCACUUAGGCACCCUGCCUCUGUGAUGUACAAAGAGACGAUAUUUACAAACAGGCCUAAACAGUAUUAAUUUAAGAAGAUAGAGCCAGUGUGGUGUAGUGGUUAAGAGCGGUAGUCUCAUAAUCUGGGGAACCGGGUUCGCGUCUCCGCUCCUCCACAUGCAGCUGCUGGGUGACCUUGGGCCAGUCACACAUCUCUGAAGUCUCUCAGCCCCACUCACCUCACAGAGUGUUUGUUGUGGGGGAGGAAGGGAAAGGAGAAUGUUAGCCGCUUUGAGACUCCUUAAAGGGAGUGAAAGGCGGGAUAUCAAAUCCAAACUCUUCUUCUUCCAUGGAAAGCUGUGGUACUGUAGUUCAUGGUGAGGAAAAAGGUUCCCUGCGCGUUAGUUGAGCAAACCCCUUUGCCCCUCUGGCUCUCUUGGGGGAAGAUCCUCUUCUGGCUCUGGGGUAGGUCUCCUCCCGAACCAGGAGGACUCUCCAGGGUACUCCCAAUUUACACGAUUUUGUGUAUGUGCAUUUGAGCCCGGAACCUCAGUGUAAAUGGGAAGCUACCUGCAUAUCAGGGGUAGGAGGUGGGAAGAGAAUAGUAGGCCCAUAUAGCUACUGUAUCCUAAAAAAAUAGAUUUAUACACAUUGCCUGACUCUCCACAAUCUUGGCCAAACAUUCUAAUGAACAUUGACUCUCAACUUUAAGGUGUUGCAGCUCUUCUAGAGAUUCUAUAUGAAUGUUUUAAGGAAUUACAUUUAUUGCUGCUUUUCCUACAUGUCCGAAAGCCUAUUAUUACAAAGCAGUUCCGAAGAACCCUCUACUUUUUCCUAACCCUUUUGUCUGGCACUGAUUUUCUCUCUCCCCGUCUCUUUCCCUCUCCUUUCUUCUCUUUCACCUUCUUUUCCCCAGUUGGAAGCACAUCUUCAUCACCAGCGCUAUUAGGAAUUAGAGACCCUCGUUCCGAAUAUGAUAGGACCCAAACUUCUAUGCAGUAUUACAAUAGCCAAGGUGAUGGGAUUGCACAUAAAGAUAUGUAUACUGGUAAGGGACCAGUGAGAUGGAAAAUGAAAGCUUGGUACAUAAUUUUUAAACUUCUUGCUUACCAAAAACAAAAAAGCAUGUUCCGAAUGAGAAAAAAACAACAUGUCAUGCAGCGAAAGCAAAGAGGGUCACAUCAUAUUCAUAGUAGCAAUAGAAUAGCAUCAAAAAGUAAUGAGUGUUAUUCAAGCACAUAUUUAAAUCUGUAAAAUAUUUUAUUGCAUACUACUUUUCAAGAAACACAUGCUUAUCUUAUGAAUGCUGGCAAAAACAUUUCACUGCAUCACAGGUUAUAACCCAAAUUCAGCAGCAAGCAAUUCUCGCUAAGGGACUCUCUGCCUCCUUCCUUUCGUCUUCCUUCUGUCAUGAAGCAUAGCAUCAUUAUACAGCCGAGAUGUCUGAGGAGGGGGUGGAACCUGCAAGUCAGGUUUCAGCAGAGAGAAGCACAAAUUAUAUGCAUCCAAAUAAACCACUGAAGUCAAAUGUGCUCCAUAAGGCUGGAUAUCCAGGUGUCUGUUUCUAGAGGUGGUUGUUGUGGUCAGAACCUGACCUUGCUCUUGUAGCCUUCCCCCAAGGUGGGAAAUAUUGGGAUCCUUUAUUGAUAUGUAUCAUACAGUUCUGUUCCUCUUUCACCGAAGUGUGAAAGUCAGCCCAGCAUGACACCUGAGCAAAUCAAAUAUUGCUUUUAAUACUCUGUUGCCGUUUUCCCACAGGGUCCAGCAAGCCUUCGCCAAUUUAUAUCAGUUCCUAUUCUUCACCAGCAAGAGACCAAAAUAGGCGUCUGCAGGUAAAAGCUGAAAUCUUAAUUUAAAAAAUGACCAUAUUGAUCACCAGGAGAGAGUGCAUUUUCCUUUAACCUAAUGGCUUUUAAACCAUUUUCACUGAUGGAUUCCUGCUGCCUAAAGUAACUUUCUAACUUCAGGCAAUGAACUCAGAAUGCUAUGGUGCCUGGAUUAUGGUUCUCAACACUGCAACUGCAGUGCAGUAGUAAAGCAAGGCUCCAUCUUAUCCCAUUCCAUACAAAUCUUAUUUUGGAAUAUUAUUUUUUCUUAUUUUCUAUGAAAUAAAACUGCAGUGUACUACACAGCCUUCCGCAUUUCCCUUUUAAUAUACCCUUUUGGAUCACCCUUUCUCCACCACAGGCCUGUACAACUUGUAACCUAUUAAGCUGCUGAACCCGGCAGCCCACCACCAGAUUCGAUAAACUUCCUAUUUUGCUGCAUGAACAACUGGGGGGAUGUCAGUUACCUGUCAAAUGUGGCUAGUGAGCUCUGUUCAUCUUGGUGGGUCACCAGUUGUGCGGCCCUGCUGUCUCCCACUUGUCUUCAGUGUCUAGUGGCCACGUGGGCAUUGCUGGUUUGUUUGCACAAAAUUCUUUGACAUACCCAAACUCAGCAGAUUUACGGUAGAUUCCAAUCUGGUCCUCUUGCACUUGCAGAAGAGCUUUUCAUCCUACAGAGGCAACUGCUAACAGAAGAGGAAGUUUUCUCUCUCCCCUGCAUCCCCUAGCAGUCCCCGAAAAUCAGCUCUAGAAAGUUGGGGAUUCACUAGAACAAAGUGAAAAGUGGCAAUAGGGAAGGGGAACUUGGCAAAUAUAGAGAUAGAUACAUAGAGAUAGAGAGAUAGAUUAGAUAUAUCUCCCCUCCUCUUCUGUUAGCAGGCACCUCUCCUGGAUCAAAAGCAUUUCAAAAAGUGCAAAGGCCCCAGUUGGAUUCUUCCCUGAGAUUCCAGACUGUUCACCAGUUUAUGGCUUUAUUGAUUUCAGUACAGUGGUACCUCGGGUUAAGAACUUAAUUUGUUCUGCAGGUCCGUUCUUAACCUGAAACUGUUCUUAACCUGAGGUACCACUUUAGCUAAUGGGGCCUCCCGCCGCCGCCACACGAUUUCUGUUCUCAUCCUGAAGCAAAGUUCUUAACUUGAGGUACUAUUUCUGGGUUAGCGGAGUCUGUAACCUGAAGUGUCUGUAACCUGAGAUACCACUGUACUAGGAUUUUUAAGAGAUAAACACAAAGGAUUGGGCAACUAAUGCAAGAAAACAUGGAGAAGUCAAAGUUAUAUUCCUGAAGUUUUUUGUUUGUUUGUUUGUUUAAAGAACUAUACAGCAGAAUGAAAAGUGUUAAGUGAACAUUUGUGUCAAGGAUCUAUAACAAGUUUUAGACAGGAACUGAACAAAGGACACAGGGUUACACCAUAGUGGCAUGCAAAACAUCUUCAGACUGUAAAUCUAUAAGCAACAUUUGCAAAUUAUGUGCUGUGAUAAAUGCAAAUGAAUCAUUUCCUCACCCAGGAAUAACUAAUUAUGCAUUCUUAAAGAAGUGCAAGUGUUUAGGGGUGUAAAAUUAGAAAGUCAACAGCACAACAAGAAUUGCAAUUAGGGAAGAAUGAAAAAAGGCCAAAAAAAUAAACAACAGUAUAAGUAUCUUCUACCAAGAGGAGGCUGAUGAAGUGCCACAGCAGCAAGGGCCCCUGAUGUAAGAGCUGGGGAAACAACAGAUCAGCUUGAUUGGGAGUCCUUUACUUUACACCUGUCUUCACUCCUAAAAGUUUGUUCAGAUGUUGACAUAAUAUUUGUAAGAAUUGGGAAGACUCAGAGGACAGAAUAGGAAAAGAACAAGUCAGAUUCUUAAAGAUACCUUGGGCAUAAUCAGAAUUGCCGAAAGAUAAAAUUGUACCAAUAAAUAGAAAUUCAUCCUCUUACACAUGCAACAUAGGCCAUACUAGUUAUAGAACAAUGGUGAUUAUACAAUGGAGCCUGCAACAAAACGUUGCAGUGUGGUAUAUUCCUUUCCUUGAGGCCAGAAACCUAGAUAGCCAUGUCCUUUUCCAGACUACUACAUUUAUUUCCUGUCCUCCCCCACUCACAUACACAUCCCCAUUGGGAUGUUGGUUUCUGAUUUCCCUCACUGAGCAGCAACUGCAGUCACAAGACAUUGUUUUACAUUCCACAGUCUGUACUGUUGGAGUUUCUCACGGGAAAGGGAGACUGGAUGUGACGUACACUGGUUUCCUGUUUUUUCACUGUGUGUUUCUCUCCGAGCUGUUGAGGAGAGAGGAUGCAUUUUCUGCUCCUGCAGAGGCAAGAUGUCUUUCUGUAAUAUACCAGCUUUGAACUGUAAAUAAAGCAAUAUAGAGUAUGUAGCACGUAUUCUUCAUCCUUCCGCUGGCCACGACAGACUCUGCUUUAAAUCAACACGUGGUUAUGGACUCCAGAGGUCGAAUCGGAGUGCCGGCAGAGGAUCGGAAUGCAGAGGGACGGAUCGGAAAGGAAUCUGCUCUGCGCGUAGAAGUGAUUGAUGAGGUAUGUGCUACUGCUCCGGGCAGCCUGCCAGCUUCAAGUUAAUGGCUUUAUGGCUGGACUUUGAACUUUUAAAGCCGGUUUUGCCGGGAAUAGGCAAAAGGCUCCCAGGCACAAGUCACUAUGCUGGGAAAUCGAAAGUAACUUUUAAGUGUGCCUUUGUGAUAAGGCAGCUGCAGCAGUGACGCAGCAAGAUUUAAAGCAGCAUAUAUAUGACGCUGAAGGCUAAUGCCAGAGUCAUGAUGGCCCUUCAGGAUGCUUGUGGGAUUCCUAAGCUCAACAAGAAAAAUUACAGCGACUGGGUUCAGUAUGCAGAGGCAAUUCUGCGGAAAGAGGGUUUGUUUGAGGUGAUUACAGAAACCCCCAGUUCCAGUUACAGAUGCAUGGGAAGCUAAGGAUUCCAAAGCAAGGGAACUCUUACAUUGAUAGUAUCCCCAGAAGAGCUCUGUCUAUUGCGUGAUAAGACCUCAGCCAGAGAAAUUUGGGACGCUCUGAGAGAGGCUCACUUAAGGACAGAAGCUGGAUCCACUAUGUUUUAUUUUAACAAGCUGCAUAAUAUGGCUCUUGCUGAAGGUGGAGAUGUGCGUUUACAUCUAAUGGAGAUGCAAAAUCUGAGACAUGAGCUGCAACAGAGAGGACUCAACUUUCCAGAGGCUGUGUAUUCUUUCAUGAUACUACAAUCUUUGGGUUCAGGUUGGGAGUCUGUUGCAACCCAGAUUGCUGUGCAACCAACUGCUCAGCUGACAGUGGACUUUGUUACUGCCGUGAUUUUAAAUGAAGCAGAUCGCCGGGGUGCUAGCUGCAUGGGCAAGGGAGUCUUCACAGACGUCAUCCCAUAGUGCAGUGGAACCACCAGAUGGCGCCAAAGCUUUGAAGGCAGUGAAAUGCUACUCGUGUGGACGUCUAGGCCAUAUGAAGAGGGAUGCAGACAUCCCAGGGCCAAGACAGAGCAGCGCAGCGAAAGCUCAUCGCGCGGAAAAGGCCGAGGCAAAGGCAAAGGUCCGGUGUCUAGGACAACGCAGCACAAGGCUAUGGUUUCACGCUUCACUCCAAAGGUUGCAGAGGUCCAGAAGACGUCUAGAUCUUUCUUCGUUGUUGAUUCAGCGGCCACCCACCACAUGUGCAACGAUAAGAAACUGUUUGUGUCUUUUACACCGCAGGAAGGUGCGAUUCACCAGGCGGAUGACCACACUAUUCCCAGUAAAGGCUACGGAACUGUUGUUCUUCACAGUUUGGACUUAUCGAUACAGAAUGUGCUUUACGUGCCAGACGCCAAACAUACUCUGCUCAGCGUUGGACAGCUGAAUGAGCGGAACAUUGACGUUUCCUUCAAGAACAAGAAGUGCAUCAUCACAAAGAAAAAUGAUUAUGUAUUGCAUGCAGAAUAUGUUGAUCGUUUGUUUGUUUUGUAUUAUGAUGAUGUGGUGCAGGAUGACACUUGUUGCAUUGCAGGUUCUAACAAAAGUUUGCAUGCAGAAUGUAUUCACGAUUUUCAUCGAAAAUUUGGUCAUUUGCAUUUUGAGGCAGUAUCUAAAAUGCCUGCCUUGGUUGAAGGUAUGACUAUUAAACCCUGCAGGUACCACAUGAAGUGCAAAGCAUGCGCAGCAAACAAGGUGAAAAUGGCUGCGAAGGUAAGGUGUCUAGUAGGAAAGCUACAGAACCAUACCAGGUUGUUCAUGCUGAUUUGGUUGGACCACUAUCGCCCUCUUUGGGUGGAAAUAGAUACUUCAUGGUUCUCAUUGAUGCAUUUUCUAGAUAUAUUUUUGUGUACAAUCUCAAGCAGAAAUCGGAGGCUUUUCCUAGGUUCAAGGAAUUCUGUGCUUGGUUGGAAAAUGUGCAUGGUAAGAAGAUAAAGACUCUUUUCAGUGAUCGCGGGGAAUUCACUUCUCAGCAGUUUGAAGCUUUUCUGACUGAGAAAGGAAUUCAACACGAUUUGUCUAGUCCUCGCUCGCCAUGGCAGAAUGGACUUGCGGAACGGGCAAAUCAGACAUUGCUUCAAGGUCUAAAAACCUUGCUGCAUGAUGCCAAUCUUCCAGAGAGUUAUUGGGCCGAAUCUCUCUCGUGUUUUGUUUACAGUUACAAUCGCAGGUUAUCUUCAGCGAUUGGUUGUACCCCCUAUGAGAAGAUGUUUGGCAAGAAGCCAUACAUCAAACACAUGAAGAUUUUGGUUCUGACAUGUGGGUUCGCUCACCACAAAACUCCAAGUUAGACAAGCGUGGAUUGCAUGGUAUCUUUCUAGGUUAUCAGAAAGGGUCUUACAGAAUAAUGAUGACUGACUCUAAGACAAUUAAGCUCACGAGAAGUGUUGAGUACAAUGCAAAGUGGGGGGAGAAUGUGGGAAUUUUCCAAUGUUAUCCUGAUGACGGUGAUGAGACUGAGGAUAGUCAAAAGCAACCACAACAGCCCACACCCACUGAUGAAGGUUCUGAGUCUGAAUCUGAAACUGAAUCGGGUGAUUCAGAGGAUUUCAAGAGUGCGAAAGCCUCUAUGCGACCCUCUGAAAGCUCUGAUCAAGAAUUGGAGGAACCAUUGUUCACAAUAGGUCGUUUUUCUCCUAAGAAGGAAGAGGAGAGUGUUGAAGACUUAAGGCUAAUUCGUAGGUCACAGAGAGCCACAAAAGGCAAACCUCCAAAGAGAUUUGCUGAUGAGUUUGCUAAGAUAGCAGUAACAGCUGUUAAAAGCUCCAAGAAGGUAUUUGAACCUUCAAGUUUCCAAGAAAUCCAGGGUUUGGAUUCAAAGGAAGCUGAGCCAUGGUUAAAUGCCAUGAAGGCUGAGCUUGAUUCCUUAGAAAGGAACAAAACAUGGGAGCUAGUUCCAGUAGUUCCAGGAAUGAAACUGCUUGGAAGCAAAUGGGUCUUCAAAGCGAAGACAGAUCAAAAUGGCAAGAUAGUCAGACACAAAGCCAGAUUGGUAGCCAGAGGUUUUGCACAGGUACCAGGUCAAGACUAUCACGAGACCUAUUCACCCACAGUGAGAUAUGAAAGCAUUAGGCUUAUGCUCAAGCUAGCUGCAGAGGAAAAUCUACACAUUAGUCACCAUGAUAUUAAUACAGCUUUUCUGUACGGAUCUCUAGAUGAAUCACUUUAUAUGCUUCCACCUGAUGGCGUACAGGUAAAACAGGGAUUUGUUUGUGCUCUGAAGAAAUCCCUUUAUGGUCUCAAACAAAGUGCACGGUGUUGGCACACAAAACUCACUGAAGUAUUGUUUUCUCUAGGUUUUCAGCAAGGAAAGCUGAUCCAUGUGUAUUUGUCAAAGAGGAGGGGCAAAAGAAACUGUACUGUUUGUUUUAUGUUGAUGAUUUAUUAUUCUUUUGGAAAGAUGUUGCAAUGUACAAUAACGCCUAGCUCAACUGAAACACCACUUUGACAUGAAAGAUCUUGGUGAGGUAAACAACUACCUAUCUCUGGAAAUAUAGAGAGAUCAAGAUGGUAACAUUCUAGUACACCAGUCACGGAAAAUUGCUGAUGUGUUAAGCAAACUAAAUCUGAUGGAUGCUAACCCUGUAGACACACCGAUGACAACAGGUUAUCAGGUAGAUGACACUGAAGAAGCAUUUUCUGACACUACACUGUACAGGAGUGUGCUAGGCAAGCUAAACUUCAUUGCCAGAUGUUCAAGACCAGACAUUGCUGUUAGCUGUAAUUUGCUAAGCAGACAAGUCAACAAUCCUAGUGUCAAGGAUUGGAAAGCUCUGAAACGCAUAGCGCGGUAUUUGAAAGGCACUAUGCAUUACAGACUGAGAUUUAACAAUCAGAAGUCUGGUGGUCUUGAGAUAUUUGCAGAUGCAAGUUUUGGAAGUGACGCUACAGACAGGAAAAGUACGUCUGGAGUUUGCUAUAUGUACAAUCAGAGUCUGUUUGAUUGGUCAUGCAAGAAGCAAACAACAGUUAGCUUAAGUACUUGUGAAGCUGAACUGAAUGCACUGUCUUAUUCACUUAAGGAUUGUGAAUGGUUAGUACAAUUGUGCAAAGAUAUGAAAAUUCCUGUCAAAUGUCCAAUCCAGGUUUACCAGGACAACAAAGCAUGUUUGGCUUUGCUGAAGUCUGAAGGUUGUAAGCAAAGCACAAAGCACUUGCAAUUAAAGUUGCAGCAUGCUAGGGAAUGUAUUCAGAAGGGACUCGUAACGGUGUCCUAUAUGCCAGGUAAUGAAAUUCCUGCUGAUGUAUUGUCCAAGAUUGUAUCAAGGGAUCAACACUGUACCUAUGUGCAGAAGUUGGGUUUGUACUGAUAUUGUACGAACACGCUGCCCAGUGAUGUUCACAGAAAGGGGAGGAUGUUGGUUUCUGAUUUCCCUCACUGAGCAGCAACUGCAGUCACAAGACAUUGUUUUACAUUCCACAGUCUGUACUGUUGGAGUUUCUCACGGGAAAGGGAGACUGGAUGUGACGUACACUGGUUUCCUGUUUUUUCACUGUGUGUUUCUCUCCGAGCUGUUGAGGAGAGAGGAUGCAUUUUCUGCUCUUGCAGAGGCAAGAUGUCUUUCUGUAAUAUACCAGCUUUGAACUGUAAAUAAAGCAAUAUAGAGUAUGUAGCACGUAUUCUUCAUCCUUCCGCUGGCCACGACAGACUCUGCUUUAAAUCAACAGAUAGCCAUGUCCUUUUCCAGACUACUACAUUUAUUUCCUGUCCUCCCCCACUCACAUACACAUCCCCAUUCCACCCCCCCCCAUGGAAAUAUGGGUCUGAAAGAAACUAAAGAACUUUGAGAAUGGUUUUACAAAAGGCUUUCUUUCUGUGUGCAAAAAUGUUGCCGCACACCUCAUGUUCAUGUGAAUGGAUAAAUUGCUACUACAACUAUACAUAGAUCAACUGAGGUAUUUUUCCUUCCCUUCUUUUUGCUUUUUCAACAGCAUCAGCAGUUGUACUACAGUCAAGAUGAUCCCAACAGAAAGAACUAUGAUGCAUACAGGUUAUAUUUGCAGUCUCCACAUAGCUAUGAGGACCCAUAUUUUGAUGACCGAGUUCACUUCCCAUCUGCUACAGAUUACACAACACAGUAUGGACUGAAAUCAGCCACAAACUAUGUAGACUUUUAUUCCACCAGACGACCUUCCUAUAGAGCAGAACAAUACCCUGGGUCACCUGACUCUUGGGUGUAGCAUUAGAAAAUCACGAACAGAAACAUAUCUUUCUAACUUUUUUUGAAAAGCGAUUGAGUUAUGGGUUUGCUGUUUUGAGGGGAAAAUGUGGAAGUGAAUUGCAAAGAAGGAAACAAGGAAAAGGUUGUUUUUCCCCCCCUAAAGGGGAUUAUCUUUGAAGAUGGGAGAAAAUUUGGAAGAGGAAAUUGGAAAGGGAGAACUUUUGCUCUGUUUAGAUGUUAGAUCUAAUUACUUGUAGUUCCUAUAGUCUGGUGAAGGUGUGGGCAAUGUGACGAAAGGUUUGAGAAUUGAGGGGAAACGGCUUUGGGAAAUGUGUAGGUCAGAACAAAUUACAGAUAUAAUUUUUUUUAAAAAAAAGAAAAUGUGAAUAAAAGUCUUGUUCUCAUAGUUUGUACAGAAAAAAAAAAUAUGGAUGCCCUACUUGUUUUACUGCUGUUACUAAAUGUCAAGAUUAUAUGCUAUCAUGUCUUGUAAAUUUCUUUUCCGUUGGUGUAAAUAUGGAAACGCCACAUUGGUUGGAAGUGCCAUCAUUUGUAAUGCCGUGCGUCAUUUUAAAACUGAUUUCAAAAGCUGACAUCUUUUAAAGAGAGAGAGGAGGGGGGAAAGGAAGAGAGAUCAUACAAGGAAAUGUUAUAAAUAAAUAUCAUUUUGUUUUUAAAAAUGAACGGUGUAAUUUUGAAGCACAAACCUCUGGUCCAGUAUAUCUGCACUUUUCUUAUCCCCUGCCUCAUUCACAGAGUACUUCACUGCCAUUUUUUAUGCCUAUAGGGGGAGGGGAAAUAAAUGUGGACGUCUCAUCCAUGGAAAGUAGAUCCCUGCUCAUUCUUCUUUCUUUUCUGUGUUUACUGUUAAGGAACAAAUACAACAGAUGUGUAUGCUCAUUGUGAGUUGUAGAAUCAGGUUAAAUAUAUAUCUAUACAUACAUAUAUAUAUAUAUAUAUAUAUAUAUAUAUAUAUAUAUAUAUAUAUUUCCAGGCAUUUCUACCAUUUUCUUAUUUUUGUGAAGUUCAUCUAUUACUUAUUUGUCAAGCUGGCAUACCAAAACAUAAAAUUAUACACUUUCUUGUCUUCUUUUCAUUUCCACAGUACUCAUGAAGCCAGUACCUUUCACGGUUUAUAUUCCCUUUGGGGGGAAAAUGAAAAGACGCAGAAUAAAGUAGAUAUAAAUUCUUUUUACAUAAUAUUUUUGUAAGUAAUCUGUCCAGCUGGCUCACAUCCCUCUUGAUUUAUUGUGCUUUCAUAACUGAGCGUUAAUUAAUUGCAUUCAGUUUCCUCCUGGC